CACUCCGAAUUCACUGUAACUCAAACACUUCACCAUGUUAACUAUUAUCACCUAAAAAACUGUUACACAAAUUAGAUUAUAUUUAAUUGUUGAUUCUUAAUUGUUACUCUAACUAAAUUGUUGUUUAUUUCAACCUGUUAUUACCUGAUAAGAUUAAGAUUGUUUAUCUUUUGCCUGACAAACAAAAUACCUGCCAUUUAAUUGUUGUUAAAAUAAAGAAAAUCAUUUAUCAUUAGCUAAUUGUCAAUCAGUGAUUACAAUUGUUUCCCUUUCCAAAGUGAUUCAAUUUUCAUCUCUUCCUCUCUCCGUUGAUUGUUGAUUAUUUAAUUUAAUUGCUGUGUGUUGGUGGUUAACCUUAAUCACCUUGUCUCUCCUGAGUGUUUAUUAUUAGUUUGGUAACUAAAUAUUUAUUCAUCAAAUUGUGUCCAGUUGAUUAACUUUAAUUUAGUUAUUCGUUUGUGACUUGAUUCAAAUUUUCUCGUGUAAUUAAAUCAAUCAGAUUAUCAACAAUUAACUUAAUCACAAUGAACGAAACAAAGGAAACCAUUUCAAACAAUAAGGAAACAACUGAUAUCAAAGAUAUUGGUAACCUUUUAUUUUCAGAUCUACUUCCAGUCAAUGAAAAUGGAUAUGAAAUGACCAGAGAGUUUUUAAUGAAAAUCGUUGAUAUUUUACUGGACUUUAUCAAGGAGUCAAAUGACCGAUCAACCAAAGUGAUUGAUUUUCACCAACCCAAUCAAAUGAAACAAUUGUUUGACUUCACAAUUCCAGAGAAUCCAAAAAAUAUCCAGCAAAUAUUAAACGAUUGUAAACAAUGUUUAAAGUAUCAAGUGAAAACAGGACAUCCUCAUUAUUUCAAUCAACUUUCAUGUGGUUUGGAUAUUGUUUCAAUGGCUGGUGAAUGGUUAACAGCGACUGCAAAUACCAACAUGUUCACUUAUGAGAUCGCUCCAAUAUUCAUACUGAUGGAACACUUUGUUCUGGAAAAAAUGAGAUCGAUCAUUGGUUUUCCCGAUGGAGAUUCAAUUCUGGCUCCAGGUGGCGCUGUAUCAAAUCUCUAUGCUAUUAUUGUCGCUCGACAUACAAUGUUUCCCGAAUACAAGACAAAAGGCCUUAAAGCUUUACCUCAAUUGAUUCUGUUCACCUCAGAACAUAGUCACUAUUCAACCAAAGGAGCAGGCGCUACAUGCGGAUUCGGUACUGAUAAUGUAAUUGAAGUUCCUUGUGAUAAAAAUGGACGAAUGAUUCCAGAGGAACUCGAAAGACUUGUUAAAGAAUCAAUUGAAAAGGGACAUCGACCUUUUUUUGUCAACUGUACCUGUGGUACUACAGUUUUGGGUGCUUUUGAUCCGAUUAAUCCGUUAGCAGAUAUUUGUGACAAGUAUAAUAUGUGGUUACACAUUGAUGCUGCUUGGGGUGGUGGUUGUUUAUUAUCACGAAAACACCGACAUCGAUUGGGUGGAAUUGAAAGAGCUCAAUCAGUUACAUGGAAUCCACAUAAACUCAUGGGAACUUUACUCCAAUGUUCAACCGUUCAUUUUAAACGAGAUAAAUUGUUAAUUGAUUGUAAUCAAAUGUGUGCCGAUUACUUAUUCCAACAAGAUAAACACUAUGAUGUUUCUUAUGACACUGGCGACAAGGUCAUCCAGUGCGGACGACACAAUGAUAUCUUUAAAUUGUGGUUAAUGUGGCGAUCAAAGGGUGACACAGGCUACGAGAAGCAUAUUGACCAUCUAUUUGAUAUGACAGAUUAUCUGGUGAAAAGAUUGAAAGAGGAGAAAGAUAAAUUUCAUCUCAUUUGGCCGGAACCGGAAUGUGUUAAUGUCUGUUUCUGGUAUGUUCCAACUCGUCUACGUGGUGUUGAUAAAACUCGUGAAUGGGAACUUGAAUUGGGAAGAAUUACCCCACUUUUGAAGGCUCGAAUGAUGAAUGAAGGAACUCUCAUGGUGGGUUAUCAACCGCUCGGUGACAAACCCAAUUUCUUCCGGAACAUCAUCUCAAAUUUGGGAGUCAAAUCGAAGGAUAUUGACUACCUAAUCUCCGAGAUGGACCGAAUGGGUCACGACCUUUAAAGUGGACAUUUAUCAUGACCAACACGCGAAACCAAAACAAACGUAAAAAUAAUUCAAAAAAAAAAAUUAACCAACGAAAACCAAUCAACAUAGAGAAUCGAGUUUGAAAUUUAAUCAUUUACAUAAAUUAACUUACUGAUUGUUUGUCUUGAUAACUAUUUUUUGCUUUACUCUAUUUCAUUAUUGACCAUCACCCUGUUGACCAAUAUUUCCUAUUUCUCUCUUCCUACUUCCCUUCAUCUAAUCCUGAUCUCUUUAAUCUCGAUGAAAAUCAUCAUCUUAGUCACAUGAAAAUGAGAUAAUAAUAAGAAUUAAUGUUCAGUGGUUUAGAACUUUUUUCCAUUAUCUUAUCCUCCCCACCUCCUUGUGUCCACCUCUGACCUCCCAAUUCCCUGAAUAACUAUAACCUUAUUCCGCCUUUCGAUGUGAACACUACGAAAAGGGUCAUUGUAAAUCACUGCCCCUCGAGUCUUUCAAUUAAGGAUUAACCUUGAUGAGCAUUAAUAGUUUUCACCAUUUCACUUGGACAUCAAGUUGACCAGUUGAUUAUAAUGAUAACAUUAAUCAAUCAACAUAAAAGGUUGACAGUUCAAGCAAAUUAAGAAAAACUAAUUACUGUGACACAAUCAAGCUUUAUCCUUAUGUUACAUAUCAUCAUCAUUAUCAUCAUUAACUUCAUCUUCAUCUUCAAACAAUUUAAGUGUGAACAAUUAUCAUUAUUAUGAAAAAGUGAAAACUAAUUAACCAAAAAAAAUCAAGAUAAAUCAACAAAUUCAAUGUUAAAAUGAUUGUUAAUUGAUUAACAUGAUUAGCCAUGAUUGUAAUUACCAAAGUUGAAUCAAUAUUUUGUAAAAUUUAAUAGACUUAAUCAAAUCUAAUAGUUCAAUCAACUAAUCAUUAUUAAGACUGUAUCUUGGUCUAAUUUGUUGAUCACUGAUUAUCACAAUUAACAAUGAUUACUGCCCAGUGUAUACAAAGCAAUAUCCUCCUCUAAGUGUAUCAUAUCAUUAGUAUACAAUUUAGUAAUCUAAUCAUAACUUAAUCAUCAACAAUUAACAGCAAAAUCAAACAAAUGUCUUCCAAAAAAGGGAAAUCAAUCAACUAUGAUGAACUUGAUAACAAUUAAAUAUCAGUGAUUAUAAUGAUUAGUGAAACUUAAUUUUUAUCAUUUCUGAAAUUGAUUUGAUUCCCUUUGACAAUCUAACUGUUGAUUAACAAUUAAUUAACUCUGAAAGUUUAAAUGAUUAUUUUUGUUUCUCUUUUUUGUCUUGCUCAAUAUGUGAUAAUCUCAAUUCUGAUUCUGAGUCUUAAUCAAACAGUUUGUUCAGAAUUCAAGCUUAGACAACUAACAUGUUAAAUCCUUGAUGAAACAAAAUGCCAAGACAAUUAACUAACAUAUUGAAACAAUUAACUAACUAGAAACUGCUUGUAACUUGAUCCGUCGCUAAUUCAGUGCUAGAGUUUCAAUUUUGUAUCAGAAUCGUUUAAAUAUCUUAUUAUUUUGCUUACAGAAUCAGAACCAAAUUCAGAGAUAGUCUAAUAUUUAUCAAUAUGUAAAUAAAAGUAUCAUGAUAACAUCAAAUGAACUGAACUUAUUGUGAAUCUCAAUUCGUUCCAUGUUAUUGAAACGACACAAUCGAAACUGAAAAAAAAAGAAAACUAGUAAACAGAUAAAAUAGAAUGGAAAAUAUUUCUUUUAUCAGAAUUGCAAAGAAAAAAAUAUUUAAAAUCCAUGCUCGAUAUGCUUAUCAUUCUCUAAAUCAUUCUAUUCUAAAUACUCAUCAUCAUUUCAGAAAAAAAAUCAAAGGUAAAAAUAUUAGAGAGAAAAAAAAAGUAACUUAACCGAGACUCUCUCUCUGAAAUUUUCAGCAUUCUGAGCGAUAGAAGAGAAAAAGAAUCCAAUAUAUAACAUAGAAAAUGUGAACAAUGAAUACCCAUCUCAGAAAAAGCUGAGAAUUGAGAAUAAAAUUAAUAGUAAAUUGUUGCAGUCAAACUGAAUGUUAUGUCAGGGAAAAUACUUGCAACAGAAAAUUAUUGUAAUAUAAAUUGUGGAUAAUAAAAAUAUCAGUAUCUUAACAGUCACAAGUGAAAAAUAUAUAUUUUUGCUUGGAUAAACAUUUCCUAUCAGUAUAUCACAAAAUGUUGAAUAUCAUAUAUAUGAUAGCAUACCCUCGAUGCAUACCCACUUCUUUCUGUAAUAGUUUUUGUUGUUGUUCAUAUUCAAUCUCAUUCAACCAUAAAAACUAUAGCAAAAGCUGUUGUACAAGAUGAGAUAUGUAUGUAUGAUAUUCAGUAGCCAAGAAAAAUGUGAAUACGUUUUCCUAUUAUUGUUAUAAUCUUUGUAUUAGCAAAUACACUGAUUCAUUCUGAUUAAUUCUGACAAAGUAUUCCAAAAGCCACAAUUAUCAUCUAGUUUAAAUCCAUGUUUAAUUAAACCACUUGAAAUGGAUUAGCAUCUCUCUUUUUAAUCAGACUUUAAUUUCAAGCUUAAUCAGGAUCGGGAAUUAAAAAAGUGUAAUAACAAAUGUGAAAGAUUAACCAAUCCUAAUAUCUAAAGGGUUAAUAGUUAUCAUCUAGAAUUCAAUUAUCAAUUAAUUUGAUCGAGAUUAACUUUAGGUGUUUUAGUUUAAUGCAAUAAUAAUAACAAAAGAGAAUGAGAAAAUGUUGAUACUUUCAUGAAGUUUAAUUCAUGGGAGUUCAAUAGUAGCGAGUAAUAAGAAAAAGAGACAAUUGAUUGGAAUCAGAGAUUAAGUUUUCUUUUCGGAAUUGAGAUUAUAACCUUGAAAUUUAUCCUGGUUUCUGAUUCAAUCUUGAAUACCAAGUCAAAGUUACCUUGAAAUCCAUGGGCCUUGUACCAAUGGAAUCAGAAAAAAACUUAUAACAUGAUAAUUGUUUACAGAAAUAUAACUAGAGAGCUAAUUAUGUGUAUUAAAAGGAAACGGAAAUUAUCAUAUUUGCACAAAAAAGAUGUUCAAGAGAUUGAAAAAAGGAAAAAGACUCUGAAUCCUUUUCCAUUAGUCGAAAUGAACAUUUUCCAUCUGUAGUCAUGCUCAAAUAGAACGAAAUAUAGAAGUAAUCAGUUCAUUCAGAAUUUAGAACUUCUCAUAUUUUUCGAACUUAUGAUCAACUUAAAAUAUCAAUCAGAUUCUAUUUACAAUCUGAAAUCAAUUAAAAUUCUAACAUUUAAUCAGCUCUUUCUUUCAAUCAGCAAGUUCAAAAUUGAACUUAGUUUCAAUGAGAACUUUCAUCACCUACAAGACGAAGGUUAAGACUCACAAGAAAUGUUCUAAUUAAAAUGAAAUAAUAUCCCCAUAACCUUCACCCCUCUACUAUAAUUACAUGAUAAAAUUCAUUCCUCCUACUUAUUAAUAACCUCAAACAAAAUAUUCCAACCAUAACUUGAUCACCUCCACAUCCUCAUCCCUUUGCAUUUGACACAAUAAAUGAAAGAUGCAAUUGAUGACUGAAAAAAGCCAAGAAUCUAAAAUCAUAUCAAUGAAAAAGUAUAAAUUAACAAUCAAAAAGUUAAUGACAAACAAUCAACAAAUUGUAUCAACAAAUUAAAUAUGAAAAUGAUCAUCAAAUUAACAUAAACAUGAUGAUAACAAUUUUCAAUUUGUAUAAAUUUAAAUCUUUCAAUUGUUCAUAUCAUUUCAUCAUCAUAAUGAUAAUAUCAACAGAAGAAGAAGAAUAAAAAAAUAUCAAAAUCGUCUAGAAUCGAGGGCGUGGCUAAAAAUAAUAUCGAACCUAAAAUGGUUGUUUAAACACGCCUUAAUCAGAUUCUAUUCCAACUGGAAUCUCCUCCUAUAUCAUGUUAUCCUGAAACAGAAUUUGAAUUCUCUAUGAAUAUGUUUCUAAUCAUCUUGAUUAACCAUAACCAUCAUAAUUCAUGAUUCAUCAAGAUAAUCCACUUGAUUGAUUUUAGAUGAAAACUAUUAACCCUUUUUUCAAUCUUAAUCCACUUGUUUAUAUAAUAAUUAAAAGCAUUGUGUUAAUAAUCUAGAUUAUAUCAAUGUACCAAAUGAAUUGUCAGUUAACUUUAAUUACAAUUAACUGAUUGAUCAAGAGUUUUGGUUUUGACCUCACCUCGACAAUUAGAUUAACUUGAACAUGAUCAAUUUCAUCUGAACAAAAUUUAAUUUGAUCUUGUGUAAAUAUAAUUUAAAUUUCUUGAUUACUGAUGAUCAUAUUUGAGAUAAUUAACUGUAACCAAUUGCUUUUGAUUUUCUUCUGUAAUUUAUAAAUUAUCUAUUAAUUGUCCUCCUCAACAAUCAACAAUCAACCAUUGUAAAUUGAUAAUCAUUGUCAUUUAAUUGUAACAGUUUCUCAUCAUUAGAAAUUAACCAAAAUGAUGUUUCCUUUGUUUCUUUGAUUGCUUUUUGAGUGCCUAAAUGGAUCUAAUUAAAAUAAAAUCUUCUAAUUAACCCAAAAAUAA